AUGGCCGAAACCAAGGAGAACGAGCCGAUGGAAGUGGAUACCACCCCAUUUGAGCCGGUUUCUAUCCUGAAAUUGACCAAGGACGCUCAACAGAAGCAUGGAUUAAGACAUGGAAACUAUAAACGUUACGGGUAAGGCGUUUUUUAUUUUUGUUUUGAUUUUAGGUUGAAAUUUACGGGCGAAGAGUGUACAAUAUAAGUUAAAGCUUGAAAACUAAACUUACAAGUCUUUAAAUGUUCUGAGAUUCUAUUUAGAACUAAAAUAGUGUAUUAGGAAGGUUUUGAUAAGAAGUAUAGAUGGUAUUAAUUAAUUCUUUACAAGUUAUGAUGGAAAACAUAUAAGGGACGAGCUAAAUACAUCGGAUGGAAAGUAUCAGACAAAAAAUGCGAUUUCUUGUCUGAUAUUUUCGUCUCUCAUUUUCACGCUAUCUUUUUUUUCCUCUCGUUGCCGACGGCAGUUAGAGAAAAAAAAAGAUCGUUGAAAAAAGUAUCAGACAAGGAAUUGCAUUUUUUGUCUGAUACUUUCCAUCCGAUGUAUUUAGCUCGUCCCUUAUAUUCAGGAUUAGUUUGAAUGGAUAACAUAAUUAUACGUCUGUUAACUCAACUUAAAAGUGUUUGAUUGUUUUGAGAUAUCAUAUAGAGUAACUGAACAAUACGCUAAUUAGCCUUACAAGGAUUUAGAGAUUGGCUUUUAGUUUGACAAAUAUUAUGGCUCAAAGCAUUUGAUGUAGUAGGCCUUGAUAAAGUUUUUGACAGAACUGAACAAAGAAUAGUCUAAAGUGCUUGAAAGGUUGGCAAAGUUGUUAAUACACGAUUUUCUAUCUUUUUUCACGUUUAUUUUGCGUAUAUUUUUACUUAACUUGAGGAUUUAUGUUGUUCAAGAAAAACAUGGUGAAGAUAAGCUGAAAAUGGACGCAACUUUUUCCAAAUUUAUGGUUAUAAGCUAUUUCUUUACAUAAUUAGCAUUGAAAGUAUGUUUUAAAGCUGCUGAAUUUUAGUGACUACUGUGACCGUCGCAUUCGUCGUCUGCGUCGUGCUUUAAAGUACACCCAUACCUACAAAUGUGUGCCCAACCAUAAGGCCAAGUUUGUUUUGCGGCCAAUUACAAGUGAUGUUAUUAACGAUAAACGGUAACUUUUAAAAACUUUUUUACUAAUAGAUUCUUUUUAAACUUUGUUUUAGUAAUAAACGCCAUUCUUUUUGCAUCAACUCGAAAUUUAGGUUCCUGGAGCUGGUCGUAUUUGAUGUAGAACAUUGUUGGGCACGUGGAAUGGAGUUUAAGGUGGCAAGUGAGAACGAGAAACAUGCUAGACAAAUAUUCCACGCCCGCCGUCGCUUAAUCAAGGCUGUUCAACAUGCUGAAAACUUGGACAGUGCUGUCAACACUUCUCCAAGGGUAAGUUUACUAAUUUUUUAGGGCAAAAAAAUUUGGGUUUUUUGAUGUUUAGGUAUCAACUUGAGGUAAUUUCGAUUUUUAGGUAUAAGUUGAAAUAUUUUUGUAUUUUAGGAAUCAAAUUGAGGUAAUUUUGGUUUUUAGGUGACCGUUACGUUUUUUAAUUCUUAGGUCUUAAAACUUUUUUUUAGUUUGAUGACUUCACCAAGACCGAAGGCAAGGCUUACGUAGCUUCAAUCCAAGGUGCAGCUUUCUUGGAGAAACGAAAAUGGGCUGAAGCUUUGGAAAAGUAUAUUAAUUCAAGGUAAACUCAUUAAAACAUUUGAAAAUUGCAUUUUUUUGUAAAGAAAGUUUUUGGAAUUUUUUGUUUUGUAAAGGAAGUUAUUGCCAUUUCUUGCUCUUUAAAGAAAGUUUUUGCAAUUUUAUGUUUUUUUAAAGAAAGUUUUUGCCAUUUUUUGUCUUGUAAAGAAAGUUUUUGCAAUUCCAGGUUUAUUUACGAAAAACUGGUGAAGAAUGUCAAAAACGAGGAGCUGAAAGCGUUGUACGAACAAAAAGUGAAAGAACUGACGAAUAUCAUCAAACUCUGCGAGUACCAUGCUGGCAAAAAGGGCCUGGAUGUCGUACCAGAUGUGUCACAAUUGGAUCUAAACGAAACGCUCGAGGAUUCGCUAAAGAACGUGGAAAUCGAGCCGAAAAACGAGAAAGAACGCAAGAAACAGGAAAAGGCAGAGAACAAAAAGAAGAAGGAACAACAACCAUUGCCACAACCGGUCCCGGCCAAGCCAAGUUUUUUCAAUUUGGCCUUGAAACAUUUUACGGUAGGGGUUUGAAAUUUAAAAUUUUUGAAAAUUUUUUUUUUAUUUUAAAAAAUUGAAAUAUAAAAAAAAUGAAAUUUGAAAAAAUUGAAAAUAUGAAAUAUCGGUAAGAAUUUGGUUUUUAAAAUUUAGCCGUAUUCCGAUCGGUCAAAUGACGCAUUUUUUAAAAUUUUCAUUUUAAAAAUUUGAAUUUGUAAAUUUCAAAAAAAAUUAAAAUUUUUUUAGUUACCAGAAGAAAUCGAAACGAUCGCGAACACGAAGCCGGCUGCCAAAAAGCCCACCAAACAGGGCUCACAAGAAGAGCCUCAAGAAGCCAGCGGAAUCGGCGGAAUGGUCCGAAACCUGCUCUGGGGCUCAAAAUAA